AAAAACAAUAAACAAAUGACGUCGCUAAGCAUUAAGUGACGUCAUUUAUUUGACUGUCGCGACGUCGUUGUCAUAACGGAAACUGUGCACUUUUUAUUGCUUUUUCUGAGAAUAACAACGCGUUCUACAUAACACUGGUGAUUAAGCGUUAAUAUUUCGCUCGGUGAGCGUCACUACAAGAUGCCAGUCAAGGCCUUUAUGUUUGUGGGAAGGCAACCGUUCUUCGUCCGUCUGAAAAACCAUGUUUUCUCAAAAUCUCGCGGAAAGAGUCUAGGAACACAAGAUACCACCGGAUGCUUUGCUGUUUUCGCAUAUUUUGGACAAAAGAUUGGGAAAAGCAGCGCUGAACAGAAAACAGCUCCUGAGCGCAAACGACCAUUAAUUUCGCGACCACUUACUCGCGAUGAAAUUUACUAUGUUGCUUUAAUAACAGAGGGUCUCGUGAUUGAUAAUUACACAGUCGUUGAGUAUACUGAACUAAAUGACAACAUUGCUGUUAUAGUGCUUUCCAACGAAAGACCGGUGAUCAAUAUUUGCAGAGGCUUUAAAAGCAACGAAAUCACUGAUGCUUUUCCGGAUGUAAAAUUCGAAUACGGACCUAACCGAGUUUGGAACGGAAUCGAACGAGUGUUGACGUACGAAACCGAAUAUGAUGGGGGAACCAUUAGAGGAUUUCCGGCGUCGUCAUGGCUGGAAAUUGCUGAGUCGGUAUUGAAUAUCGCGAUAAACUGCAAUCGAUUUGGAAGAAAGAAAAAAUCUAACUAUACUAAUCGCAGAUGCUUGCGAUCGAGCCCCGACUUAGACCGCACAUGGAUGACAGGCGACUCACAUACGAUGGACGGUCCCUGGGUCCAUCAGUACCAAAUGGUAGACCGACCAGAUGAACGCAUGCGCAUGAUGGUCAUGCAUUUCCACGAGUUUGUUCUACGCCGCCCACAGCAGCCAGCUCCGCUUCGUUUAUUCGUGCCCCCGGCACUUCUUGCGGCGAAUGAAAUGGUUUCCGACCACCGCAUAAGGGCCCAGCUCAAUCCCCGCCUCCCGGUGAUGAACGAAGAACAGAGAGCGGACUAUCACAGGCAGUUGAUGCAAGGCCGGGCAGACCACCGGAGACGCCCGAUCUUAAUGCGAUCCAACAGACGAUUGCAAAAUGUCCCGUACAACUGGAGACAUCUGCUUCAGCCAGACGCACUUCCGCUUGAAGAUCCCCGGCCACCAUCCAGAAUGGCGAACGUGUUCCAUUAAGUUUUAAUCGUUUUUAUUUUAUAGUUUUGUUUCUUAAUGUGACUUUGUCUUUCCGUUUAAAUAAGAUUUCUUAUUUUGCAAUAGCUGAUUUUGGAGAUAUUUUGUUUUAUGCUUGGUUAUAAUAAAGAAGACAAAAACAA